UCAACCGUCGCUUUCUGGCCUUUUUGCCGUUUAUUUCUGCAAGUCAUCUUUGGCUUCUCGUAUUUGAACUUGAAAGCAGAAAUGGCGGGCUGAGAGCCGGAAGCACAUUCCAAUCUCUCUCUCUCUCUCUCUCUCUCUGUGUAUCGCUCCGUGGGGACGACGACGAUGCAAGGGGAAUCGGUGCGGGCGAAGAUGGAGACCCUGCGGCUGGCGUGCGAGGCGGAGAUCUCCGCCGAGCAGCGCAAGAUCGACGCGUUCGCGGCGUCGUUCCUGGACUCGCUGCAGUCCACGAAGGCCAGAGCGCAGGAAACCGUCCAGGAUCAAGGAAGACUAUCGAAGUUGAAGAGCAGCUUGAAAGAAGAGGAGGAUGAGCUCGUCAAAGCUCUCGCAGUUAAGACUCGUACUGAGGCCAAGCGGAUGGCGAUUAUGGACUCCAUCUGUGCCGUAAAAUCUAGGCAAGAGAAUCUUAGGAGAUCCUUGCAGGACCAGAAGUCGAGGAGGGAUAAGUGCGCUGCAAUCGUAUCCCAAGAAUUGAUCGCUUUGACAGCAUUUGAAGAAAAGAAUGAACAGAAAAUGGGACAAAAGGGGGAUAUACAAGAGGCAAUUUCUUGGUACAAUAAGGUUCUUGGUUUUCAAAUUGAAGGUGGAAAUGGGGUGACCUUCAUGUUUGAUAAUAUCGACAUAAAAAGUCCACACAACGUGUACCUUUUCACCAUUCGCCAUGCAAAUGACACGUAUACAUUAUUGGAAUGCGAUCCCCCAUUGGAUGGCACGAAAGAAUUGAUCCAUGAGUUGAACAAAAGCAAUGAUCUAUACAAGUUUGUGAGGAUUAUGAGAAGGAAGUUUCAAGAAUUUGCAGCACAGGGAACCUCACCAUCAAAUACCACAGUUCAUCAAGAGUAUUCAAUAAAUUCUCUGUCUGCUCCAGUUACCUCAGUUUCAACUGAAAUUAGUGAGUCCCCAGCAAGGAAGAAAUAUUAUGAAGCUGAAUAUGGGGAAGGUGAUAGAAACAUUAAAAAAGUGAACCGCGGUACAAGCACUAGAAUAGCAACAUCUUCAGGAUCUGCAUCAUCUCUUCGCCGGUCAUCUCGAAGGUUAAGAAAUAAGGAUUGAGACAUUUUCCAAGUAAUUGUAGAUCCCUUCUUUGUCACAUCUUGUGACAUGGUCGAGUUAUCAGUGAGAGAGGUUGCCUGACAGUUGACGUGUAAGAGAAGAUUUUACAAUAUUCAUCCCAUAAUGGAGCAUCUUAUGAGGCGUACCGGGCUGUAUGAGGUCCCCAUUUUUUGGUUUGAGGUACCCAUGUAGUUGGUCUAACCCAAAAGAACAUGUCGAGGCGAUGCAUAAUCACAGAAAAAGUUGUGGGCCAGAGUGUUACAAUUGCCUUGUAUUCUCUUGGGUUACUUGCUGCAGUUUCCUGGAAUCUAGGAGUGUAAGCUUGUGUAUUUGUUGGGAAUGUGCUCUUUUUGACUAAUGUCAAGACACGAUUGUAAGCUGUUUACUGCCAAUUAUCAUGAAUUGUGCUUUGUAGUUCGUCUUAAUUAACCUUAACUUCCUUGCUAUCUCACUUUGUAUACUAACCCCCUUUGUUCA